AUGAAUGGGACCAUCAGCUGUAUUGAGCUGGACAUAACUGAUGGCCGGGGAUGCCAGGUGGAUAUCAUAGAGGUUGGGUUGAUCUUGUUAAAGUAUUUUGACCAGCAUACAGCUCCUAAAAUCAGAGAGUGGGUAAGGGACAAGAAGCACCUCACCUUGGACAAAGCUAAUGAAUAUUUAGAGGCUCGGAGAGGUACCAGAUCAACAAACCAUGCCUGUACCCCAAGAACCAGUACCUUAACCUUCAAUACUGGUACUCCCACAUUGGCCUAUGCUUCGAGGACUCCCCUCAACUUGCCUGACUGA